AUGGUGACCUUUCCUGCAAUGGGGCAUUGCAUCCCAUCUCUUGACUUAGCCAGAUUGCUCGCUUCACACUCUCUCGCCGUCAGCUAUAUCACCACUCGUACCAUAGCACAGCGUCUACAAGGUCUCAUGGACGAAUCCAGCCAGCAUAUUCAGCUGGUCGGCCUAAGUCCUCCCAACGCCAUUGAAGGUAUGCCUGAGGGACGCGAAAGUAUGGAUCUUAUACCACGGAAAUCUGCGUCCGUCGUUAUUUCCUUCGUCGAGAGCCUUCGAGACCCUUUCGAACGGUGGGUCGAAGAGCAGGGCAGUCGUCGACCCGUGUGUAUAUUUAGCGACCUGUUCAUCGACUGGACUGUGCACUCUGCGGAGAGAUUUGGAACUAUUAGGGUCAUUUUUGCCCCUUGUGGGGCUUUUGGGACCUCUGUAUUUCACGCCAUCCUUGGCUCCAUAACCACAAACACGCUGCGGAAGGAGGGUGAUAUUGUUAUACUCGAUGGUAUUUUAUCAUCUGCAAUCAAAUUUACCAAGGAACAGAUGCCUGAGAGAUUUCUUCAACUAGAUCUAGCUGACCCAAGUAUAAGGUUUUUAAUGGGGACGAUGCGGUCAAUUAGUAAAUGCUGGGGAAUGCUCGUCAACACGUUCGACGAGCUCGAGCCUCGUUAUCUUCAGCACUUGAAAAACAUACUAAACGGUAAACCCCUUUGGUCUGUUGGUCCCGUUGUUCCUUUGGGUUGUAUUGCUAAUACGAGGGGGAAAACAGCGGACAUUAGCGAGCAUAAGUUAGUGCAAUGGCUAGAUUCUAAGAGCCCGUCUUCGGUUAUCUAUGUUUCAUUUGGAAGCCAGGCUUUUCUUUCACAAGAGCAGACUCAGGUACUGGCGAGGGGUCUUGCAGCCAGCCAUCAGCCUUUUGUUUGGUCCAUCAAAGUUUCCCCGGAAACUGUAUCUGCAGACUCAAACCAAGAAGAAUUUUGUACUUCGUACCUUCCAGAAGGGUUUAUGGAGAGAGAUAAUGGAUUGGUCAUAUGGGGAUGGGCACCACAGCUUGUCAUUUUGUCCCACCCAUCUGUGGGUGAGUUCAUGAGCCACUGCGGGUGGAAUUCGACUCUUGAAAGCAUUUUGAUGGGCGUCCCAAUGGUCACAUGGCCGAUGUUCGCAGAACAACAUUUUAACUCUAAGCUGGUGACUGAGGAACUGGGCAUUGGUGUCCAAUUUUGCCAAAACCUGGAUGCGAUUCCUUGUGAGGACAAGGUGGAGGAAUCUGUAAGACUUGUCCUCUGUACUGACGAAGGUACAGAGAUGAGGAAUCGUGCUUUGAAAUUUCAGAGAAUGGCUAAACGAUCUGUAGGAGGAGGGUCUUCGACCUUAAAUUUACAAGCUUUUGCUAUUGAGAUGCAUAAGCUCAUGAAUUUAAAAGGUGAAGAUAGGAUUGAGGAUGGAUAUGAUGUAAAUGUCUGA